AUGGACUUCGAAUCCAUACCUCCCAUCACAGGAGCAUGGGGAGCACUCACCCUUGCUACAGCUAUCCUCGAACACACCCACACCAUCUCGCAGUACCAGCUGUUCUACACGCCCGCGCUCGUCUUCCGCAAAUUUCAAGUCUGGCGCCUCCUCACCACUUUCCUCUACUUUGGCCCGCUCGGCCUCGACUUCAUCUUCCAUCUGUUCUUCUUCAUGCGAUACUCGCGCAUGCUCGAGGAAAACUCGUUCGGGGGCCGGAGCGGUGGGAGAGCUGGCUAUGUGGUGCUACUUGCGUUUGCGGCGACGUGUCUGUUGAUCCUGUCGCCGGUGACUGCUCAGCCAUUCUUGGGCUCGCCAUUGGCAUUUGUGCUGGUGUACAUCUGGUCAAGAAGGAACAGACAUGUGCGCCUCAGUCUGUUUGGAUUGUUGGUCGUCACAGCGCCGUAUCUGCCGUGGAGUCUGGUUAUUUUUGGCUGGUUGCUGCGUGGCAGCUUGAAAGCGGUUAUGGGCGAUAUCAGCGGAAUCGCCGUUGGACAUCUUUACUACUUUCUCGUCGACGUAUGGCCACGAGAGUUCAGAUCAGGCGGUCGAAACUUGUUGGCAACCCCCCAGUUUCUUAUCCGCCUAUUUGAUGGCCCUGUCGAAGGACAGUAA